CCAUAAGAGCUGGCCGACGGCGCUUGACACCGGCUCAGUCGCUGCGCAGGUCCGUCCGCAGCCGCUGCCGUGUCCUCGUCCGCCCGCCGCCAUUGUCGCCGCAGUCUCCUUCACGGAAGGCCGCCGCCCCUGUAUGAUCUCGAGCACCGCUGCCGCUCGCGUUGACACUGUCCACCUGUUGCUCUUCGACUCGUGUCUCGCAUGCCACAAGAUGUCAGCCUUCCCACAAGGCAUGCAUGCUGCAUACAAAGUGCGUAGCAACUUGCAGAAGUAUGAGUCAAUGACCAAGGCAGAUCGACAGUCAUCAUUCAGCAGCUCUAGUACAGAUAACUCAGGCAGUGGGAACUAUCCUCACAUGGGAAAUAAAUUUAUGGAAGAGUUGCCCACUAAAUAUAAUGACAAGUUGAUGAAGAGUAUCUGGGGUUUCUACAACAGAUACUCUGUUCACAACCUGAAGACAAUUGAGGAUGGAAAUGUCAGCAAGAGCCAGCAGUAGUUAAUGACUGCUGGCUCUGGAGGGCAAUGGGCAGGCAGCCCCCAGCUCUCUAGUAAUGGGGACACUAUGUGGUUCACACAAUGGACCUAACGUGUAAGU